AUGUUUGAUGAGAACUACGAGAAGUUUACCCAGAAAAGUCCUAUUUUUAAUCUGUAUGUUCGACAGGGGAAUUUCGCAAAUAUUUUCACGACACCGAAACCCAAAAGUGAGAUUCCAUUUCCAACGCUGAUUCACGAUUCAGCGCUAAGACAAGCAAUGACUGCUGAUGAUGAGAAGAUUUUCGAUACCAGCAAUGCACUCUUCAAUGGGCGUAAUGAUACCAGAAAUCGACAUUCGAGUACUGUAGCAACAACACCAGCUACAAGCACAGUCAAGAAAGACUCGACUGCACCAAUUACAGUAAAGUAUUUUGAAAGAGUCACUGAGAUAGAUGCUAAAAUCGAUCCGUUAACUCAGUUCAGGGAGCCACUCGUACCGAAUUCUUCAAUAGAAGCAAACUCCAAUUACAAGCUUUUAGACUCGACUGCACCAAUUACAGUAAAGUAUCUUGAAAGAGUCACUGAGAUAGAUGCUAAAAUCGAUCCGUUAACUCAGUUCAGAGAGCCACUCGUACCGAAUUCUUCAUUAGAAGCAAACUCCAAUGCUGUGUUAUUUGAUCCCGAGCUGCAACAGUUUUCCGACUAUGAGACCAUACCACGCCUAGCCUUGCCAUCUGAAAGAAUCGCUUUUGUCAAUCCCGAUAAAGUCAAGGUGAAGGCGGAAUGUCACGAUACCGGAGUGAAUGUGUCAUUUCACCUUGAUAGCGACGAGAAGUAUACUGGUGCGGUAUACGCAGCAGAGCGAUUCGAACAAUGUCGCAUAUUUUUACGGUCGUCGAAUAACUUUGCCAUAUUUAUUCCACGACCACAACACAAUACUUGGUGUAACGCACUUGAGAUAGACAAAGUGGUGUCUGCGGUGAUAGUAAUGUCGAAUGAUCGAGUACUACCACAUGAUGUGACGACCAAGGAUGAUCUCUUCUUCCAUGUCACUUGCAAUUACUCUACACCUAUAGUGGACAAAAUUCGCCAUGGGAUUGUUGACAAAGUGGUGUCUGCAGUGAUAGUAAUGUCUAAUGAUCGAGUACUACCGCAUGAUGUAACGACCAAGGAUGAUCUCUUCUUCCAUGUCACUUGCAAUUACUCUACACCCAUAGUAGACAAAAUUCGCCAUGGGAUUGUUGUGGGGGGUCCGUCACCCGUAUCGAUUACGUCUAAAGAAUUACAUCGUCAUGUUUACCUACAAAUUAUGAAGAAGGGGCGUCCUGUGGAUAGCGUAUUUAUUGGUGAAGCUCUUGUAGCUAGAGUUGAAAGCGAUAUUUCACCCGAUCGCCUUCGAGUCAUGGAAUGCACAGCACAUCGAGUUGGAGGCUCUGGACCUCCCACGUCUGUCACUCUCAUUACCGAUGGGUAUAUGACUUGUCCACCGAAUAAGGAUCGCAGGUCUCGGUCACUUGCUGAGAAACAUCCAAUUCGUGUCGACCACCGUCUAAUUGUGAAGGCUAGAGCUGCAGACAGUUUUCAAAAGGAUAGUAGAACCUUUCCA